AUGAUAGUACCGACCGAUAAUUUCCGAUUUUUUUCGUCGGACUUUUUUCUGACUCUGGGAAACGAGGAGGAACCGAGCACGACUUGCACCGGCGCGCAGACUUACAAUGAAGACUUGACCGAUAAUGGCUUCUUGUCACUUCUUGGCGAGGGACUUUACAUCGACAAGGUCACAGUCGGGCGAGGCAGUGAGGAGGUCCCGUACAACGAUCCUUCCUACGAUGGCGAUGUAAUCUUCCACAACGAAGGUGACAAGCAAGGAGAUUGCAGCUUCCAGUUCGUAAAUAACCCGAACUUCAACUGCGUCAGCCACGAACAAGGACAGCAGAUUCCCAUCUGGGCUGGAGGAAAUUUCAACUCCAUCAGGAAAGUUUUCCCAUCCUACUUCGUGAUGAAAGCGCGAGUCUCCGACCUCUUGAAGGCAGAAAAAUGGGACUUCGAUACCGUCGAUACAAAAGCGCAUCCUGAGUACCUCGAUCCUAACUACUGGAAGACCGCUGACUUCACCCUCUUCAUCUGGUGCCCCUUCGAUGUCACCAAGGGUGGAUACAACGGGAAUGAUGGUAAAAUUACUGUCGCGGACUUUUACGAGGCGGAGCACUCUCCUGAUGGACAUCUCUGGUCGUUCUUGUCGAGAUCGAAGACUAAGCUUUUCAAGACUCCACGAUGCAUCCCCAACAAAGAAACCGGCCUGGUCGAAUGCACCUACAGAUCGUACUACUUCCAAGCCUACGUUGACCGCUCAAUGAACCCCGACGAGCAGGGACCAGUCGACAUCAACACUGAAAUCGUCCCCGGCGAGACCUGGACUUGCGAGACCGGAAUUCUCCCCGGCCACCAGAAGUACGCCAUCACUGGCUUGAUGAACUACUACGAGAUGUUCCAAAACGGCACUUUCGAAAUGAUGCCCAAGUACUUCCGAGAUCCUCCGGCUCAUAUUUUGCCAGUUGAGGAAUCCAAGAAGAAGAAAUCACGAAAGAACCAGCUCUAG